AUGGAUUCCGAUUCCGAGUACACUGAAGUUGCCUCCUUCCCCGGUCAUCAGGACGCCGUCCUGUCUCUGAGUUUCUCGGCUUCGGGGCGGUUCCUCGCUGCGACGGGUUACUCGGGUGUGUGCGUGUGGGACGUCAUUCGGAAGCAGCGCGUCGCCAUUCCAGCACCGCCCUCCACACCGACGACGAGACAUAUCUAUACUCGCUCGGCCUGGCUGUACUUUGAGUCAACCGGACUGGAUGUUCUAGUACUCGGCUCGCAGCGAGGGGAUGUCGUGUUGUGGCAGUGGAACGCAGACGACGGGGUCUUCAAAUACCGUGCGCGCGCCCGUAAAUCUGCACCGGAUACCGAGGUUCUGUCCAUCGAUGUGUACAAGCGCAAUGUACCUGCCGAAGAGCGGGGUCGCAUCGCAAUUGGCACCGACGAUGGAAGGGUGGCCGUCUGGUCCGUCGCUGCACCCGACAAGCUGCGCCUCAAGUUUUCGGUUCAGCUUGAGCCGGCUAUGCGUCCUAGAACUGUCAAGUUCGAUGUCGCAUCCCACGCCGUCAUUGCCUGUUCUGACGUUGGAGGAACGAUAGUGGGACUGAAUUGUCAAUCUGGGAGGAAGAUUGGCGUCAGAGAUGAUGGUCCAAAGGUCAUGGCGUCGGUCGAUGUCGACACUGUCAAGUCCAUCCUUGUGGCCUCCACUGGCACCUCCUUCGAGGUCCUCGCACUGAAGAAGCGCAAGCAUAUAAAGACUAUUGUGAGCGAGAUGCCAGAUGUCUACUACCCUAUUUUUGUAGCUAUUGGCGAGGGGGGCAAGGUCCUACUAGCGGGCAGCGACAAAGGCCGCGCUCUACUUUAUGACCUUGCGCAAGGAUGCAUACGGCAGGCCUUUGACUAUCCGAAAGGCGGACUCGUUCAGCAGGUUGCGACGUGCACCACGACAGACUUCCACUAUGUCGCAUUUGCUGGCACCAGCCUGUCGCAGUCGGCAGACGUCGUCCUCUACAGCAAGAAGAUUCGAGUGGAACAAUCGACUGACCGGGAAGCCCCCUCUGCACCGCCAGCUACGACAACUGGCGCGACGCCGAAGAUGCGCUAUAUCAUCCCAGCGAUGUACUGGGCGCUUAUGCUUGCUCUACUGUUUAUUUGCUACAAGAACACGGUUGCCGUCAUUGCUAUCAACACGCGCAACUCCCUGUCGGUGUAG